AUGGCGCCUUUCUCUGGGGAUGGUGUACUAUGGCUAUGCCUAGGCAUAUCUCUUUUCUUCGCUGUACGCGGAAUCGCUACAGAUCUCCGUCAAGUGGUCGAUCUGACGGAAGUUAAACAUGUUGACCGAGAAGAGAAGAUCAUCAGUGAGGGGACUGAGGAAGCUCUCAAGCUAGAUACCCUCUUGAAGCUCUCCUCGAGUACAAGCCAUGACCUACGAGCUGCAGCCCUCCGCAUCAUUGCCGAACGAUCAACGAAAGGCGAGACUCGUGAUAUUCUACUCGAUGAUUUAUCAAGCAAGAACAAAGUCCGACAAGGUCGAGCACUAACUGCGCUUAACUUCCUUGUCUCGAACCGAGCCUUAUCUCGAACCUCGGUCUGCACUCGGCUUCGCGAUCUUCCUGCAUAUACAGCCAUCAUCAACUGUCUCUGCAACUUCCUAGAUGAGCAUACCGAAGUAACGUACCCGACAACAUCACCCGUCCUUGCCAGGACUCGGCCACUUGGAGAGAAAAAGGCAUUGCAAAUCCUUAAUAUCCUGCUUCCAGAAAACAUCCCGGCAGCAUUAGAGGCCGGAAUCGUGACCCGGUGGCUUAGCAAAUACCCAUUCCCGUGUGCAUUGGACGAGCCAUCACGGCGACAGGAUGUGGUGAUUCUUUUGAAAACGUGGUGGUCUGAUGACACCGUCAUGAGUUCCAUAUUCAGCAACUUGACCUCACACGCGGAGGGCAUCAAGCAAUUACGCAAGCAUGGGUUGAUGGGCAGCAUGCUCGAGGAAGAGAACGAACAAGAUGACGAUGAUGAGGACGACGACGGGGACAGUGAUGUAUGGAUGGUUGAUGGAGAAGAUACAGCCGGCUCUUAUCGAGGAUCUUCCUCGCGUAGGCCCCAAGACGGCAAUGCGGAGGAACAAGCUCUUCGUCGAAGGCGAAGAGAAGCUAUGGUUUUAAGUGAAGGAGGACGGCCACUUGGAAGAGAAGAUAUUAUCCAGCGACCGCUUCAAGAUCGUUGAUUGGGAUUCAGUCCUACCAUUGAAAGCGUCUGGGAAGGCAAAGCUUGUGGUAACUCGAUAACAUGUAUGAUACCCCGCCAGGAUUGGCAAAACAUUGUGAA